CAUUUUAGUGAUAGUAUUCAUCAUUGAGUCUUUUUUUUAUCUUGACAAAACAAUUUUAUUUAGAAACUAAAUAAAUAAAAUAUUUUUACGUUCCAUAUGAAAAUGUGGGUAUAGUCUUUGAGACUACUUUAGAUUUUGCUCAAAGCAGAAAGUAAAUCUGUGUCUGUUUAUGGCAAACAUAACAAAGAUAAAGUAUUUUACUCGAUAUGAAGAAAGAUAUGAGACCUAAAAUCUUAUGAAACCUCAAAUGGUCUCAUAUCUUUGAGAUAUGAGACCAUUUACUAAUAUUUAGUUGAGUGAAACUAGAUUGAAGCUAAAAUCACAAACAUUUAGUUGUGAUUAAAACUAAAUUGGAUUUUACUAAACAAAAUUCUAAUUAAAAUAUGCUGCCAUGAAAGAAGUAAACUGUUACAAUCAAGCAAUCUUGUAAUUCACUUCUAUCUGCAAUGCAAUAUGUCAAUGAAGAUUGCUGUUCUUUCAAAACCCAUCCACAACAACGCCAUCUAGUGGAACGAAUGAAACUUCCCAUUUUAAAACCUAAAUUUACCAGACUGUAUUGCAUGCAAAGACCAGACAAAACAAACGGAUGUUGAGCCUUAUAAUCAUCAAUUCUCUGCGGAGGGAGUGAGGAACACCAAUUAGGAAGCUGUAGAUAACAUUCAGAUCGUAAGAAACUGUCAGUGUUUAAAGUUGUGUUUCCUGCAGCUAUUUUGGGAAUAGAACCAGAAUAAAAAGAAUUCAUUUUAUUGUUAUAAAAUAGCUGCAUGUUCGCAAAACAUAAAUGCUCACAAAUCACAAAAUAUUAUAGAAGUCGUACCUCAGUAGUUAAUAAACAAAACUACCUUUAUAGACAAAAUAGCUAUUGAAUUGAGUUAGCAGAGAGCAUUGCAUUAGAUAUGUGCUUUUUAGGCUUGGUAUUUACAUGUUGUAGUUGAAUAUUUACUGCAUUUUACUGAAAUACAAUUUCUUUCACCAAACUCUAGGAAGCACAAUGGUAUCAUUGCAGGAUUUUUUUUAACAUUAUUUAUUUGUUUGUUUUAAAUCCAUUAGUCAUUCGCUCAGAAUACUCAUAAAGACAAACCCUGGGUGACAGAGGUUUAAGAAACUACAUUGCUCCAGUGAGACAUAAUAAAAAAGAGCCGGCUGGAGGAGAAAAAUGGAAAAAGCUUAAGAAAUUUUACAUUCAUUUUGAUCUUAAUCAAAGCUGAUAAAAUUAAACUUGUUUGUGACCAAUGCAGAGAGUUCUCCCAGUCUGAAGCAUCAUUUAAAUGCAGCACAGUUAAAACUAGCAAAUGACUCACACAAAUAAACAACAGAGGGCAGGUUUCGUGGACCACGAUCCAUUCAGAGCGAAUUUCAAUAAGAGCAAAGUGGAAACAUCCAAAACGUUUGUAGGAAAUUAUAAGAUGGGUUUGACUGAAUAUGAAUAAAGACUUUUCAUCUAUAAUUGAGAAGGGUAUACACAUAUCUAUAUUGUUUAAAGUACAGUAUAUAUACUUUAUACUGUAUAUACCAAUAACUAUGCCAUAUUUUCAGAGCUGCCUGUCUGGUUUUCUUUCAAAAACAAAACUAUUUUUUAACCAAAUCGUAUUGACUAUUAAACUCAAGUUUUUCUGGCAUCAUACUACAGAGUCAUGCAGCAAGCUGCUGUCCCUGCUCUUAUCUCUGGCUCCAGAGGUUUGCUACACCCUGCCUCACAUGCCUUUAUAUACUUAGAGGUCUACAUGUUUGUGUUUUGAGAUAAGAAAUGAGACUGCACUUAUUUAUGCGUCCAUCCUAGUUGCAAGUAUUAAGAAUGUCAAGAAUGUUGAAUGGAGAGAUCAUCAUUUUCCUUUUAUCUUUACUGAUUGACUUUUCCGUUACUCAACCCGAUCAACAAGAGAAUCAGGAAGUCUAUGGUGUGUCUGCAACGGAAAUCCCCCGCACUCUGAGACCUGGUGUGACAGAGGUCUUCUUUGUGAACAGCCGGAUUUAUACAAUCCCCAGUGGAGCUUUUGCUGGAAGUCCAGAGCUUGAAAAGGUGGAGUUUAUGGAAACAGAAACAAAUAAUAUUGAGGCUGGAGGAUUUGAUGGUUUGGUAAAGCUCAAAAGUGUUGAAAUAUCCAAUAAUCCUUUGAGGUCAGUGCCUCUAGGUUUGUUUAAAGAAAACAGCAAUCUGGAGACAAUUAUUAUAAAGUUUAACAAGCUUGUUCGACUUGAGAAAGGUUUGUUUGAUGGUCUAACAAAGUUGGUAAACCUACAGCUACAUGGAAAUAAAAUUGAGUUCAUUGAAGACCAGAUAUUUGACAAUCUUGUUAAUCUUAAAAAGCUCAAUUUGGGUAAAAACAAUCUUACUUCAGUAUCCACAAGCUGGUUCUCAAACCUGAAAAAACUGACUGUUAUACGGCUGUAUGAAAAUCAGCUCACCACCAUUCCUGAAGAUCUCUUCAUGGACUUACCAGACUUAGAGGAAAUAAGUCUGCAAGGAAACAAGAUCAGUGAACUAUCCCCAAAUUUAUUUCCACAUAAAGGAAAGCUUGUUAAGUUGUUUUUGGAAAAUAAUCUUCUGACUAGUUUACCUGAAGAAUAUUUUGUUGGCUUCCCUAAGCUUAAAACAUUGAACCUAAGAAAUAAUCAACUGACCAGCCUGCCGCCGGUGCUUUUUGGUGAAAUGCCUAAACUGACUGAGCUGAGCCUCCAACAAAACAAUCUCAGCACGCUUCCUAAGGGAAUCUUCAGCUCCUUGAAGAAAGUUAAGAAGCUGGAUCUCUCCAGAAAUAAUUUUGUGAACUUGUCUCCUGAUUACUUUGACGGACCCGAGAAGCUCACUGAGCUUAACGUCCAAGGCAACAUGAUAAAGUCAUUGGAUGCACAACUAUUUGAAAAUCUUCAAUUUGUGACCACAAUCAAGCUUGCCAACAAUGACCUUCGGACACUUUCUGGGGAUGUUUUUGACUCUUUGACUAAACUCAAAAAACUUGACCUUAGUAACAAUCCAUGGCAAUGUGACUGCAAUCUGAUAGAUUUUUAUCACUGGAUAAAAACCAAUGCUCAUAAGCUCACACCAAAGGUGCAUUGUGAGUAUCCAGAACAUCUGAAAGAACAGGAAAUCAAAUUGUUAAACGAGGAUCAGUUAGUUUGCCCCACUCUCCCACCCACUACCACCACCUUACUGACCGCUAUACCAACCACAGUUCGAACAACAAAACCGACAACCACUCUCACUACCACCACACUGCGCACUACAACACCCACCACCACGCCCACAACGACACACCCAACCACUAUAACACCCACAACAACACAGCCAACCACCACCACACCCACAACCACACAGCCAACCACCACCACGCCCACAACCACACAGCCAACCACCACCACGCCCACAACCACACAGCCAACCACCACCAUGCCCACAACCACACAGCCAACCACCACCACGCCCACAACGACACACCCAACAACCACCACACCCACAACGACACACCCAACAACCACCACACCCACAACGACACAGCCAACCACCACCACACCCACAACCACAACAGCAACCACAACACAAUCAACCACUGCUACUUCCACCACAGACUAUUACCACGACAACAGUUCCAACCACCACAACAAUGAUCACAACAACCAUGAUGACAACCACUCCAACCACAACCCCCACCUCAACAACUACACCCACAACAACUGCCCCUACCACUAUGACAACUGCACCCACCACCACCCUUACAACUGCCCUGAUAACAACUACACCUUCAACAACUAA